UUUUUUUUUUUAAAAAGAUAUCAACAGACUGACAGAUGAUAAGAAAGAGGGCCUCACACAACUGGCAGUGACAUUUCAACACUUCAUGAGAGAAGAAAUGCAGGAUGCUUCUCAGUUGCCAUCUUCCCUUGACAUUUUUGAAGCCUUCGCAAAACUGAUCUCCAACUCUUUCACCAUUUGCAAUGCAGAGAUGCAGGAAGUCGGCGUUGGAAUAUAUCCGAGUAUGUCUUUGCUCAAUCACAGCUGUGACCCCAACUGUUGCAUUGUGUUCAGUGGACCCCAUCUCUUACUGCAUGCAGUCCGAGACAUCAAAGCAGGCGAUGAGCUUACCAUCUGCUACCUGGAUAUGCUGAUGACCAGUGAGGGACGCCGGAAGCAGCUGAGAGACCAAUACUGCUUUGAAUGUGACUGUUUCCGGUGCCAAACUCAGGACAAGGAUGCUGCUAUGCUAGCUGGUGACAAGAAAAUUUGGAAGGAAGUUCAAGAAUCUCUAGAAAAAAUUGAAGAUCUGAAGGCACAUCAGAAGUGGGAGCAGGUUCUGGCCAUCUGCCAGACUAUCCUGAGCAGCAGCUCUGAGCGGCUUCCUGACAGCAACAUCCACCAGCUGAAGGUGCUUGAUGGUGCCAUGGACGCCUGCAUUCACCUGGGGCAGCUAGAAGAGGCCUUGUCCUACGCUAUUCGGACUCUGGAGCCCUACAGGAUUUUUUACCCAGGAAACCAUCCAGUCAGAGGUGUGCAGUUAAUGAAAGUGGGCAAACUACAGUUACAUCAAGGCAUGUUUCCUCAAGCCAUGAAGAAUCUCAGACUGGCUUUUGAUAUCGUGAAAGUGACCCAUGGCCGGGAGCACAGCCUGACAGAAGACCUGAUUCUCCUCUUAGAGGAAUGUGAAGCCAGCGCCAGCACCCCCUAAGGAGAUCCAGUCAGAAGGAAGAUGGCUUCCACCUUCGGCAAAUGCCUCGCUGUGGUCACACACGCUGCUCUGUCUGCUGGGGGAUUCUCUCCUUUUGGAAAUGCUACUUUAUGGUUAUGGCUUGGGAGACAUGGGAGACUCUUUGUAGGGAAACAUUAUUAUAAUAAAUCCCCCAAC